CGCAUGGCAAACGUACAUCGGGGUAUUUCCCAAGUAGGGCGGCUGGCUCCCGUGACUCGUCGAACAUUGUCAUGCUAAACAUUGUCAUACAAUGGCAUUGAAGAGAAUAACCAAGGAGCUCCAGGACCUGAACAAAGACCCUCCCGCCAGCUGCUCUGCAGGCCCGGUUGGAGAUGACUUGUUCCACUGGCAAGCAACGAUAAUGGGUCCAAAUGAGUCCCCAUUUCAAGGAGGCGUGUUCUACCUGUCAAUCCAUUUUCCCGCCGAUUAUCCUUUCAAGCCUCCUAAGCUUGCGUUCACCACACGAAUCUAUCAUCCGAACAUCAACAGCAAUGGCAGUAUCUGUUUGGAUAUACUCAGGUCACAGUGGUCGCCAGCUCUCACUAUCUCAAAAGUUCUUCUAUCCAUCACUUCCUUGUUGACUGACGCCAACCCUGACGACCCUCUUGUCCCUGAGAUUGCCAGAGUUUACAAAACGGAUCGUCAAAAGUAUGAGGAAACAGCCCGAGACUGGACCAAAAAAUAUGCAUCUUAAAACAUUUUUUAAGUUUGUAAGUGACAUGCAGGACUGCUCUUAUUGACAAUUUCGCAGACUUGAAAAGGACGUGAAUUUGCAGUUUCACCCGGAUAUCUUGUUUAUUGCUGUGAAGACUUGGGAUAUCAGCGGCCCCUUAAAUUCCUUCUGAGGGUGACAUACAUGUAGAUUUACAGCCCUGGAUCUCAAGCCACUAGCACAAUUGUCUAAGCUUGCACCUACGUCCAUCCUGUAAUACCCUUUAUAAUACUUGUAGAAUAAUGACAUCACAGUGAACGUAGCAAUGUGGUUACUUGGCACCUUGCCCAGCCAGGCUUUAAAUACAUACAAUACUUGGUUCUCAGGUGCCUCAGCAAUAAUAAACCAUGUGAAAAUAUAUUCGCAUUUUGACAAACAUGAAAAUUCUGAGUUUGGAUGGUCAAUGUUAUGCUAAGACCGAAAGUUAGGUCGGCCACCACACCAAUGAUCCAAAACACAUUCCUGAGAACCAAUUAUGUUAAUUUUUGCCUCAUCAAUCACUGUUUAAAGUAGGUUUUGUUGUUGCUGUGAAAAUUGAACAGGGUUUAAAGUGUUUAACUAUUGUCAAGUGCUAUCUUUAUCAUGAUCGUGAUUAUUAUUUGAGAAUUAUUAUUAUCACUAUCAUUAUUUGUAAUCUAAGUAAACUGUACUUUUGAAAAGUUGAUGUGUCCAAACUUGUUCAUUUUAUUCUUUGACCUUAAUUGUCAGUAUCGUUCUUUGGGUGGUAAUUGUAUUGGUGCUAACAAGCUUUUAGACAGGUAAAGAUUUAGGCUAAUUUAAGUAGUGAAGAACAAAUUUGCAUAUGCCGGAAAUCAUGUGGCAGUUGUCACCUAUCAUUGUACUAUAAGUAAUGCCAACACAGGUAUCUAUGUUGUAUGGGUAAGUUGUCUUCAAAUAGCAUCUUUAGAUAGGUGUAUUCAUUUUAUCUUCAUCCUCGGAUUCUCAGAGUAUUUUCAUCACAACAAGGUACCUGAUAAUACCCUCAGGCAGGCAGGUGUGUUCACUGUAUUCACUGUUUUGACUAGUGUGUUUAUAUGAAUACCUGGGGAAGCAAUGGCGUGGCAUGGUAGUCCUUCCACAUAUUUAAUUGAUAUAGGCUCGUCACAGGUUACGUUGCUUGCUGUCAUGUUUCAAAGGGAUUUCAGGAAGCACUGUUGGCCAGUGGUCUGAGGCACAUCGCAAUGUUCUGUGCAGAGUUGCAUCCCUUAGUCCUGCCAGGAAUCAAGUUCCAAGACUCAACCUGAUUGUGAUUCUAGGUUUGUCAGCACAAUGCUUGUGGGUUUCCCCCACGAAGCGGACAUGCUGUGGUGUGACUGAAAGCAGCAUCAAAUUUACUUAAUCUUCUGUGUGAUCUGGCACCUGUUCCACAAAGCUACCUGAGCCUGGUUAUGUGGUUAUUGUAAGACUGUGUUAAGGUAUAGGAAGUGCAGUAGUCAUGUCACUAAGAUUGCUUUGAGGAGUGAGGGCAUUGUAGCUUGUGUGUGGCAAUAAGGUGGUCGUGAAGGAAGGCGUUGGGGUCAAGAAUUUGAGACUCCAUGAAACUUAGGAUGUGGAACAAGACAAGAUGGCUAGAGUAUUAAGAUAUGGGGUCAAGAAUUAGAUACUCCAUAAAUGCGAGGAUGUUGGAACCAAAGCCAUCUCUAGAAAUUUUCAGUUUGCCCAUGCCAGACAAAUUCAGUGUGAUUGUAUCAUAGAGGCUAUGAGACAAGAAUAGAGGCAGUGUUCCAAAUAAGGGGGUUCUGAGGUCCUCUGUUUUGAGCCCAGGGACCCUCCAAAUCUUCAGUUUUUGACGUCAGGGACAUGAUAAGGAUCCCUUGACUUUCAUGCUGACAUUGGGGGCACGAGUGGCCCAGCCGUCUAAGGCGCCGCGAUUCGCUGUACAGAGUUGUAUCCCUUGGGCACGCCAGAAACCUAUGAUCGCCCCGAUUACGUUUCUAGGUCAGCACCAUACCCGUGCUCGUGGGUUUCACCAACAUGGUAAAUGUCUGAGACCUGCAUCACUUCGGGCUUUCCUCCCACAUUAAGCUGACACGCUGCGAUAUAACUUGAAUGCUGUUAAAAGUGCCGUUAAACCAAACUCACUCACUCAUGCUGACAUUAUCAACUGUUUAAUGGCCAAAGCAUUGUGUUACCAUGUCUAUAAAGCUGUAAUAUUGCUGACAGUGGUCAAAACCCAAUAAGGGGCGGUAGGGUAGCAAAGUGGUUAAAGCGUUGGCUCGUCACGCCAAAGACCAGGGUUCGAUUCAACACAUGGGUACAAUUUGUGAAGCCCAUUUUUUGGUGUCCCCCGCCGUGAUAUUGCUUAAAUAUUGCUAAAAGCGUCAUAAAGCCAUACUCACUCAAAACCCAAUUAAUUCUUGACUCUGUUCAAGCUACUCAAGGAUUUUGAAAUGGAUAGUGAACCUACAAUACUAGAUAAAACUAUUGAGAAUAAUAUAUAUUGGCAUUUCAGAAUCUAGAACAAACCGUCGGUAUUGGUUCAGAAUUGGUUUGACCAGGGUAGAUUAAUUUUGUCUGUUGUUUCAAUGGAUAUUUCACAGUUUGAAUAAAUAGUGCUCCUUGGAGGUCAAAUGUAAGUCUUAUUUAUCUUUACUAUUGGUCCUAGAAGAUCGUGUCCUUAUUAAUGCAUUUAGACAGGUGACACUUAGUCUGAGGCAGUAGUAGCGCUGAGGUCAUUGGGUUUUUUAGUACGAUAAUCACUGUUUACAUUGUCAACAAUACUUAUUUUGUGAUGUUAUUGUCAACAGUUGUCCUAUUCUGAAGUUGUAUAAGUAAUCAUGAUUGCGGUGGUUUUCUGUGCGAUCAUUGAGUAGAUCUUCAAUCGAAUGAGCCGAAAUUUUAACUAAAUUGCUUUGAUAUUGUUUAAUAUUUCCAUAACAUAAUAAGGUUUAGUAAUUGUAUGUCUCCUGAAGUAAUUGUCCAAUUGUUUCCCUGUGUAACUUUGCACUUCACUAAACCGGGACUCUGCUUUUCAACUGAACUAUACUACUCAACAUUUGCUAAGGAUGACAUCUUAGCAAAUGUUGUGUAGUGUAGAAGUGUUAAUAUGAUCAUCAAAAUGCUUCUUUUGUCACAUUAUGGUCAAGUUGGUUUCAAAUUAUCAAAGGUUGUGAGGGAAGCACUUAUUGAGUUAGCGAUGGAAACAUGCAUGUGCCGAUCAGUGUUACGUGUGGGUAUACACUCAGUACAAAGGAAACCUUUGAUCCUUUGGUGGCAUCUUUAUGUGAACCAGUUCACUAAAAUGGUACCAUGCUGUUUUUUUGUGUUGCGGUACUCUUAAUGUAAGGUCAUAGGCACUUGCCAGAGAACCAGAUUCAACAUUGACCUUUCCUGCUUGAGUGUUCACCAGCUUGGAAAGAAUUUUUGACAGCUGGUCAAGGGAGGCAACUCUUGUUGGUUUAUUAUUGGAAGCCAACUUGCAAUGUUUAACAAAAUGGUGUAUAAGCAUGCUUGUCAAAGUAUUAUGAAUAAGAGCAGGCUUAUUCAGUGGCUGUGCAGAGGAGAUGUCUAGACCUCGUACUAGAUGAUUUUGUUGAAUACAUUGUCUCAAAUGAAAA